UCUCAGAGCCGCCGUAGUGUGACGUCACAGUCCAAGAUGUCGCUGCCUGUGAGGAGCAACAUGAAGCAUCUCUUCAGGUUCAUUCAGAGAUCCUCCUGCUCUGCGUCCUGUCCGGGACACAAGGUAGAGAGAUCCUGUCCGGGACACAAGGAGCCUCCAGGAGGUGGACGCGUAUUCUCGGGGAUCCAGCCGACCGGCGUGCCCCACCUGGGCAACUACCUGGGCGCCCUGGAGAACUGGGUGGCUCUGCAGAACCAGUAUCCUUCAGUGCUCUACAGCAUCGUGGACCUGCACUCCAUCACACAGCCUCAGGACCCGGCGCAGCUCCGGAGCAACAUCCUGGACAUGGCAGCCAGCCUGCUGGCCUGCGGCAUCGACCCGGAGAGGGCCAUCCUCUUCCAGCAGUCUCAGGUGUCCGAGCACGCUGAGCUCUCCUGGAUCCUCGGCUGUCUGACCAGCAUGCCCCGCCUCCGACACCUGCCGCAGUGGAAGAUGAAGAGCAAACUGAAGAAUGAAGGCAGCGUUGGUCUCUACACGUAUCCCGUCCUCCAGGCCGCCGAUAUUCUCCUCUACAAGUCCACUCACGUCCCCGUCGGAGAGGACCAGGUCCAGCAUUUGGAGCUGGCUCAGGAUCUCGCUCGCGUCUUCAACAACCGCUACGGAGACCUGUUCCCUGAACCCGCCGCCCUGCUCAGCUCUACACGAAAGGUCAAAUCCCUCCGUGACCCUUCCGCCAAAAUGUCCAAAUCCGACCCCCAAGCGAUGGCGACGAUUACCAUCACGGACUCCCCCGAUGACAUCGCCCUCAAGGUCCGCCGCGCCAUCACUGACUUCACUUCCGAGGUCACUUUUGACCCGGAGAAGCGGCCGGGCGUGUCCAACCUGGUGACGAUCCACGCCGCCAUGGCGAUGAUCAGCGUGGAGGAGGCGGUGUCCCAGGCCCGAGGGAUGGACAUGGUCUAUAAGCAGCUGGUCACCGAGGCUGUGAUCCAGAGGUUGACGCCCAUCAGGGAGGAGAUCGAGAGGCUGAGGGCGGACCGCGGUCACCUGGAGGGGGUGCUGGCCCGGGGGACCUGCAGGGCCCGGGAGCUGGCAGCACCGGUCCUCAGAGAGGUCCGACAGAAAGUGGGGUUCUGCUGAGAGGACACAUUCAUACAGGCUGUCCUCAGCUCUUAAAGGGCGGGUCCAUAGGUUAGCUAAUCAAUAAAGUUAUGAAUAAUGUGAAUGCUAGCACUAGCUGAGUCAACGGUAGCUGUGCUGGACAUAACUGAAAGAGUUAGUUUGGAUUUUUUGAAAUUGGGUUGUAUGAAUAUUCCCAUGUUCUGCAAGGUAACAUUACUGUUUUUGUGAAUGGAGUCUGGUGGCUUUGAAGAGAGCAAUAUAACGAUAUAAGCUGGGGACUGCUGCUCCCGUCCCCAGCCGCUUUACCUCGCCGUCCGACAGCCCUUUCUGACGGGGAACUGAAGCCGUUAGAUCGCUCUCUUCAAAGCCACCAGACUCCAUUCAGAAAAACAGUAAUUUUACCUCUGAGAACACGGGAGUUGCUGGUUUACCUCUGCCCUUUUGGAUCCAAACUAACGUAGCGUCUACAGCAGUACAUUGCUCAGCUUCCUGCCUUUACUCCUGUCUGCUUCUCCAAACUGGGAACACGCCGAUCGCUAUCUAAGUUACUGUAUUAAUACACUGACCAUAUGGAUGU